GCCAUGCCUGAGCCUGCCAAGUCCGCUCCGGCCCCGAAGAAGGGUUCCAAGAAGGCCGUGACCAAGGCGCAGAAGAAGGACGGCAAGAAGCGCAAGCGCAGCCGCAAGGAGAGCUACUCGGUGUACGUGUACAAGGUGCUGAAGCAAGUGCACCCGGACACCGGCAUCUCGUCCAAGGCCAUGGGCAUCAUGAACUCGUUCGUGAACGACAUCUUCGAGCGGAUCGCGGGCGAGGCGUCGCGCCUGGCGCAUUACAACAAGCGCUCGACCAUCACGUCCCGGGAGAUCCAGACGGCCGUGCGCCUGCUGCUGCCCGGGGAGCUGGCCAAGCACGCCGUGUCCGAGGGCACCAAGGCCGUCACCAAGUACACAAGCGCCAAGUAAACUUCUUAGCAGGGAACAUCUAGCACCAAAAGGCUCUUUUAAGAGC